AUGUCGACAGACUUACAAAACAUGAGCUUAUAUGAGACAGCAGAACCAGACGUCCAUGCGGAAGGAGAGGAAUACAAGCAGGGUCAAGUAAAACCAGACACAGUGCCCACUGUUCAGGUGACAGAGGCGGAUAUUCCGGCUGCUACAGACAAGGCGGAUGUGGGGACAGGGCCCGGUGGGAUCAGGACAGACACAGAUUCAACAGAUACAGACAGGCUGUUGAAUGCUGUUGCUGUCCAUCUUGAUUCCCCCUGGGACGAGUGGGAACUUUGGGAGCGACUGGCUUUAUCUCUCGGCUUAAAGACGGACUACAUCCGGGACCUGAAAGCCAAACCACCCACCAUCAGCCGUCCUCGUCAGCUGAUGGUUGACUGGAAGAAGAGGAAUGAUGGUAUCGUCACGCUGGACCAGCUGGAACAGGCACUGAGGGCUGCUGGGAUACACGCGGUUGCAGACGCAGUGUCCUCUGAGCAGCUGUUUAUGAUAGAAACGGAUGUAAAGGGUGGCAAAGUGACGGCGAGACUGGGCAUAGAGAAAGAAAGACAUGAUAAUAUUGUGGAAGAGUCUUUUGAGAAAGUCGUUGACGGAGUCAGCCACAAGUGGGAUGACCUGGCCAGGGAACUGGGGUUCCGUCGAACCGAGAUUAAAGGACUCCGAAGCUCUAAGCCCAACGCUAAAUAUAGGUGCAGAGAGAUGCUGGACAGAUGGAGAGACAGGAAGGGGAGUGAUGCGACUCUACAGGUUCUGAAGCAGGCGCUCAUUAACAUUGGUGAACGGCAGACAACGGAGAUGUUACCUGCACAAGAAGUUCACCUGCGGAAAGAAUUCGGCGCCAGCUCACCGUCUCCCAUGUUGUGGACAGUGGAGACAAACGUAUCAGAAAGUCAGCAGAGAGACGAUGGAGCAGGGCCAAGUGAAGUUGUGUGGGACACAGGACCUACAGUUGAGGUGGAAGAAUGUUUUGGCAAAGUCGUAAAUAGAGUCAGCCACAAGUGGGUUGACCUGGCCCAAAGGCUGGGGCUCAGCAGGAACGAGAUUAUAGGAAUCAGAACUUCGGAACGUGACGAUGACCACAGGUGCUGGGAGAUGCUGGACAGUUGGAGGAACAGGGAGGGAAGGGAGGCUACUCUACAGGUUCUGAAGCAGGCACUCAUCGACAUUGGUGAACGGCUGACAGCAGAUGAGAUGUUACCUGAACGAGACGGCAAAAAUAGCGAGAUAGGUGCCUGUUCCACUCCCAGCUGCAGCUACAGCAACAGUGCCUCGUCCAUUGGAAGGUUGGAGAUAAUAGAUUAUAUUUUGAAGUCUUACAACAGUUUCCUCUCUAUUCCAGAGUUGCAGAAGUCUCUGAAGAAGUACUACGAGUUGAAACUGUCUCACUUUAAGCCUCUGAUCUGGAAUGACAACUUCACACUUACCCUCAGUGAUAUCUUCACUCAGUUAGAGUUGGUACCAACACACGGAAAACACGUUAGUGGACCUAAGGAAUAUCUCAGGUCGGGAGAAAGAAAAGAAAUAAAGUCAUUAGAUGGCUUGUUCAACCCAGAUGUCACAGGGCAGUCCACAGCACCAAGGUGCAUUCUGAUUGACGGUGAACCAGGAGUAGGUAAGACAACAUUUCUGUCAAAAGAAGCCCUAGAUGCCGUCUCACAGAAAACAGAGCUGGGCAGACGACACGACCUUGUUCUGUUGCUCCGACUCCGAGAGGUGAGAGAGGAGACCAUAGAGGAGAUGGUGUGGGACCAGUGUGUUCCCCAAAGAAAAGAUGUAACCAUAGACUCCAUUAAAACAAUCUUAGAACAAAACGAGUCCCGCGUGCUCUUCCUCCUAGAUGGGUAUGAUGAGCUGCAGCCUGAUGCCAGGGCAGCUGGGCAGGCCAUUCCCAAACUGCUAUCCGGCAAGCUGUACCCCAACAGCACCAUUGUAAUCACCUCCAGACCGUCAGUAGGAGUGGAGCAGCACACCCGGCCGGACUGUCAUGUACAGAUCAUGGGGUUCUCCUCCAGACAGGUGGAGAAAUAUGUGCGAAAGUAUUUCAUCACCACAGGCAAACAUGAGCUAGCAGAGAAGCUUCUCACAGUUAUCAGUGAAAGGCAUCUUCUUACUGAUUUGAUCCACACCCCGACUUCAUUGAUGUUUGUUUGUAUACUGUUUGAAGAAGAUCCAGAGAUGAUCUCAACAGGAGCAAUAUCAGGGCUGUACGACAACUAUCUGACAGUUCUGGCCAGAAAAUACUGUAAGCGGGAAGGAGUGGACAUGCCGACAGAAGGUCUGUCUACAGAGGUUGCUGAGUCAUUACUGCAGUUCGGCAAGCUUGCACUAGAGGCACUGCUAAGAAAUGAGACCCUGCUUGACCUUACAGAAGUAGAGAAAGAAAAGGUGAAUUGGGAGUUGCUUUUAAAGCUUGGUGUUGUUUGCUUGGAGGUUUCUUCCUCUAAAUUGCAUCCUAGGAAACAGCUGGACUUUUCCCACAAGACCAUGCAAGAGUUCCUGGCCGGACGAUAUGUUGCUCAUGCUCUGUUGAACCAAGACAUUGUAGAUCUGCUGCAGCUCACCUCCAUAACCAAGGCGCUUGAACUCAGCAACCUGCUUCUGUUCACGUGUGGCUGUGACUCACGGGCAGCACAAGCUGUAAUGGAGAAACUGGGCAAGCUUAGUAUCAAGGAAUUUCCAGAACAAGUAGAAUCUUCAAAUGUACCAAUGGAUCAAGGCACACAAAAGUCCAGUAAACCCUUUGAAAUGUUUGAAUACUUGUGCCUAAACAUUCUCAGGGAGAGGCAAGAACCAGAGAUGCUUCAUGCUAUCAGUAAAAUCAUGCCAAUCGUAAUGCUGAACAGCUCCAUUAACAGUAGAGUAGCCACAGCUCUCAAGUACUACAUACGAAAUCUUCGUUCAGCAAACCUGCCAGACAGGCUCAUACUUAAGAUCCAUGGAGGGACCGACAGCAGAGACACAGUUCAGUACCUACAGCAGUGUUUUACAACUCCACUCCCUGGAUUAAAAUUGGACUUGAAACUAUCAGGACUGUUUGCCUUACCUGAUAAGACAACGAGGCUGGUUUCUGUUCUGAAGAAUGUUCCUGGUCUGAGGUUGCUGGAUCUAUCAGAUACAAAACUAACACCAUCAUCACUCCAGCCACUUGUGCAAGGGUUCAGACACAUGUCUCUGUUAGAGGAGCUUGAUCUUUCUGGAAACCCUGAACUGCGUGACUCUGGGAUGGACGUCCUACAGGUUGGGCUGCAUAUUGUUCCACAUUUGGCUGUGCUCCGUCUCAGGAAAGUCAGCAUGACGGCUGUGGGCUUGUCAUUCCUGGCUCCCUGCAUGUACCACUUAGCCGGACUGAGAGAAGUAGAUGUAAGUGGUAAUAGGCUACUAGAUAAAGGGAUGGAAGUCAUGGCUGAUAUCAUUAAACGUGCUAUUGCCAUGAAGGUGUUGAUUCUCGGGCGCACGUAUAUCAGUGGCAAGGGAAUCCUAUCCCUAGUGAAAGUUCUGCCUCACCUGUCAAAGCUACAGGUGUUGGAUGUUAGAUUCAAUUCCAUAGAGGACUCGGAGAUGGUCACACUGGUGCAAACACUCUGCCAGCCGAGCAGUUUGGACACAAAGCAAGACCCACCUGGUGACAAGAUUCUGACCGCGUCUCACUCUAACAACCAACUAAGGCAGCUGUACAUCGGGGGGAAUAGUGGAGUAACAGGAGCCGGACUGGGGAGGGUCGCACAGCUCAUCAGCGCACUGCCAGCACUGACCACGCUGGACAUGUCUGGUCACAAGGACACACCUGCACACCUGUCUGACACCGCUGCCAUGGGUCUGGCCAAGGCUCUACACACACUCCCUGUGUUGGAGAUGCUGGACCUGCGGUACAUCUCCAUGGAGCCUGCAGGGUUCCAGGCUGUGGUGCGGGCUGCUGAGGAACACCCCGUCCUGAGAAAGUUAUUGUGA